AUGGACACCAUAGACGUGUCAGAGGAUGGCCAACUCCUUACCAUGCUGAAGCGGAUCGAGGACUUCGCAAAUGAAGCUGCGAAAAGAAAGGGACAGAUCGUCUACGAUCUUCCGCCAGCCCCCAUUGUCGUCCAGACUUUCAUGAUGAACUUGAUGGCAAAAGGGUACUUGGGUUCCACGACUGAAAACAUCACUGUCCCGAUCACUCAGAUCCCGGAGCCGUAUCCGCCAUGUAUUCUCCCUGCACAGGACUUGAAACUCAUCGCCAUUUCUAAAAUGAGACUCGAGACUCACCACCGCGGUAGCAAGGUCCUGCUUCGGAUACUCACACCUCCCGAUCGUAUCAACGCGGUUAUGAUCAUCGUCGAGGAUGAAGAAGAGACGGCAAUUCUACUUCAAGUUUACCAGCAACCUGAGGAGGGAUUAGUACCUUGCGCAGAGAUCUUUGUACCAAACCGCAUUUGUAUCAUCAAAGAGCCAUUCCUCAAGCAGACUAUUGAUGGCCCUUAUUCUUUGAGAGUCGACCACCCCAGCGAUAUCAUCUGGCUAGAUGAUAACGACCAGCAAGUACCGGCGAAAUGGAGACAUAUCAAGAGUCGGAUCCCCAACUCUAGCCAGGGCCACAGAGAACAGGGCAAUACUUGUGUUGUCAACAAGGAUUGGGCAGCAGCCCAUCGCCUAUACUCCUGGGCAAACGAGACUGCAAAAACACCCGACGAGGAGCAGCGCGCUUAUCUCAAUCGCUCACUGGCCAACCUCAAACUCGACCGACCAGCCAAAGCGCUGCAUGAUGCGGCUCGAGGCCAUGACCCUGAAGCACCGAACGAUAGGUCUUUCAUUCGCCAGUCUCAGGCUCUUUACGGGCUUGGUCGUUUCGAGGAGUGUGUGACGAAACUUCGAGAACUGGAAAAGGCAUUUCCUGAUAACAAAGUCGCCAAGCUGGAGCUGCAGCGCGUUUAUCUAAGGAUCUACGAGCAGAAGACAGGUACGUAUGACUUCAAAGAUAUGUACGAACAGGCGAAAGCGACUCCUCCUUUGAUUGACUGCGCCACUUACUCCAGUCCCGUUGAGAUUCGCAAGUCUCCGGGACGUGGGAAUGGCCUUUUCACUACCAGAGAUGUGAAAGCCGGAGAGCUACUUCUUUGCGAAAAAGCUUUCUCUUACUGCCACAUCGAUCUGACGAACCCAAAGGCGAGUGCCAACGUCUUGAUGAACUUGUUCACCAAGAAAAUGACGAUUGGCGGCUCUGCGUACUUGUUGCCACAAAUCGUCCAGAAACUGUACCACGAUCCACAGUCCAUCCCCAUGUUUCAGGAACUUUCUCAUGGAAAGCACAAGGAAUUGACCGUAUUUGAAAGUGACGGACUUCCGAUUGUUGAUUCCUUCAUGGUAGAGAAGAUCAUCUCCAUCAACGCUUUCGGUUCUCCGAGAACUAGUCGGGGAUUCUUCAACGACACGCUCGUGGCCGCCAAAAACCCAUCAAAAGACCCGAAAGACAUCAUCGACAUGAAAGAGACACUCUUUUCGACUUCGGGCAUCUGGCUCCUCGCUUCCCGCAUCAACCACUCGUGCAGCGGAAAUUGCCGACGGUCAUUUAUUGGCGACAUGCAGAUUGUCCGUGCCACACAAGAUAUUGCCGCUGGUACUGAGCUUUUGUUCUUUUACCAUGCUCCAAACGCUCUGGAGCUGUACGACGAAGUCCAGAAGAAGCUCCAGCCCUGGGAUUUUAUCUGCGACUGUGAGAUGUGCAAAGAGCGAAAGAAGACACCUGCAUCCCUACUGGAACGCCGCGAGGAGUGCUAUAAAGAUCUGAUGGAACACACGCGGGAUCUGACCAACUUCGAUGCCGCCAAGGCCAACCGACUACAGAGAGGUGUAGAAAAGACUUACACCGGAAAACCAGCCAAGAAAGUUCGGAUGGAACUUGCAGAGGUCUAUGCAGCUCUUGGAAGCCGCUACAGAGUUGACAACAAACCAGCAGAGUCUGGCAAGAUGAUCAUCAAAGCCCUCGAAGCAUUGGGAUACAUCAUCGUAGCGAGUUUGCCAGGGGAUAGCCAGCCCCACUUGGAGGUAAAGCACUGGGGUAUGGCAGAACACUAUGUCCCUUGGCUUUUCCUCCAACUGACAGUUGCCUACUAUGCACAUAAUCCGCGGCUCUAUCAGAAGGCUCGAUACUAUGCCCAAGUGUCAUACUCCAUGAUCGUCGGCGAGGGUGAGUCGAUAUGGGACGUGUUUACCGACUGGUAA